CAGAAGUGAAGGUGUGGUGGCAGUCGUGAGAAGGAAUAACGUGUCUGUUCCUAUCUCAUGUGACACCGUGAGAAAAAAAACUAACAACUUUGCGGAACUUUUUUCCUCGCGUCUGCCGUCACUACGAGGUUGUCCCCGUUUAACAUCUGCUGGCAUCUUUAAUGAGGAGGACAGUAGGUGUAAUGUGACAGAGCUCUUUGCUGACAGUAUUUAACGAGCUUUUGAAGGCGACUCAAAAGUCACUUUGCCGGACUCUGAGCCUACAAUCCACGCACUUGCCGAUCCUGAGAUCAACAGGAACUUUUAAAAGGUCUGCAACGGGAAGAGCAUAAAACUCCAGGACGAAAAGCGCUUCCUUCCUUUCACAACUUUGUCCAGUCAUCUGGUACGUGGCCACCAUGCUGCGUAAAUUCAGCUCCGAGGGAUCCCUCCUGGAUAUUGACUCAAGUUCCUGGAGAAAGUUGGCUCCAGAGAUGUCAGACUAUAACUGCCGGGAAUCUGGCACAUGUGAUGUGAAAGAUGAGCUUGAGGGGAUGAGCGCAGAGACGCCUCCUAUGAUCCAGAAGCCCAAUUCUUGCACACCUGUGAAGAAGAAACUGAUAAAGGAGCAGAGUGUCAGUGUGGAAAACCUGCUUGAACUGGGGCAACAGAAAAUGAGCCUGCUUGAUGUGUGUUCAAUUGAUGAAGGGUCCAGGACAUACAGUGACAGCCAGUUGGCCUCUGCGGCCAAGAGAAAUUCAAAGAGUCUGGACAGAGACAACCUGCUUCCUUCGUCCUACUCCAAACAGUACUCCAAAUCCUCGCAUCGGCAUCAGCAUCUAGCCAAACUGUCAGCUGCAAAAGUGUACCUCAAGAGCCUGUUUGGUCAGAUUCCUCUUUCGUCAAAUUCCAACCUGGCAAACAUAGAGCAAAAAGACAGUGCCAAAGAGAGGAGGUCACAUUUGCUCUUCAUGCAUCAGUGGAGCCAGGUGGGCCUCAGCAGGAAGCGCAAAAUAAACCAAGAGGAACUGGAAAAAUGGGCUGAGUCCCUCGACUCCCUGUUGGCCAGUCCGACUGGGGUUGCAGUGUUUGCAGCAUUCCUUCGCACAGAGUUCAGUGAAGAGAAUCUGCAGUUUUAUCUGGCCUGUGAGCAGUACCGACACUCGUCCACUAGCUUCAGUCUGCAAAGGAGGGCAAAGGACAUCUGCGCAACCUACAUCCAACCCGGUUCCCCCCGGGAGGUGAACUUGGACUGCAAUACCAGACAUCAGACCAUCGAGCGGCUUCAGACUCCCACUCUCACGUCAUUGUCCCAAGCACAGCGACGCAUUUACUCGCUCCUGGACACAAACGGUUAUCCCCGCUUCCUCCAGUCCACCAUCUACCUCACCCUAUUGCAGGAGGAUGUCUAGCUGCACACAGACUGUUAAUACAUGCGGCAAUGAUGGCCUAUUCGCAUACCGCAACGUACAAAAGAGUGUCAAGUCUCACUGAACUGAAAAAAACAAAGAGAAAAAGGUUUCCAGUUGUACAAGUUCUAAACAAGUUCAUGUCAAAAUCUCUAGACAAGCACAAUAAUUACCUCAAUGAUUAUUGUCUGUCUAUGUUGGCCCUGUCAUGAGGUGGCGACAUGUCCAGGGUGUACCCCGCCUUCCACCGGAUUGCAGCUGAGAUAGGCUCCAGCACCCCCCCACGACCUCGAAAGGGACAAGCGGUAGAAAACGAAUAGAUGUCAGGUCUUCUUUGUGCAAAUGAGGUAAUUGUGUGAAUGGCCACCAAAAGAAAUUAAUCCACACUAUUAUUUUACCAGUUAUAUUUAGUUUUCUUACACUUCUGCUAUUUGCAAUUAUGCAUUCAUUUCAGUUUGUCCUGAGUGUUGCAGAAGUCUGGAAGUUGUCUUGGCCAUUACUUUGAAUGUGCUAGUCUUGUCUUUUGUUGAGCCCUACAAAGUAUUUAUACUAAGGCUGUUAACGUUAAAGCGUUAACGCAUGUGAUUAUUAAAAUGUUUUCGCAUUAUCAAAUGUGAA